CCGAUUUUCAUACCAAAUCCACCUCUCAAAUCAACAUUCCCAUGUCAACUUUACAUCGAAUUGACUAAAGAUGCCUCGAGAAGUGGAACCUUCUCUCAACGAGAAGCAAUUUUUUGCCAAAGCUCUACAAGAAAACAUACGCCUAGAUGGCAGAGCACUCGACCAGUUUCGAGCUUUGGAGCUGGAUUUUGGAGACGAAUAUGGAGUUGCAGAUGUUAAGUUAGGGAAGACGAGAGUCCACACCCACAUCACAGCCGAAGUAACAACCCCCUUCCCCGAUCGCCCCUUCGACGGCAUCUUCACCAUAACCACCGAGCUCUCCCCCAUGACCUCGCCCUCAAUCGAGCUCAACCGACCCUCGGAAACCGAGACGCUCCUCUCACGGCUCCUCGAGAAAACCAUCCGCCGCUCAGGAGCUCUAGACACCGAAUCCCUGUGCUUAAUCGGCGGCUCGAAAUGUUGGUCCAUCCGCGCGGACGUUCAUGUUUUAAGCCAUGAUGGAAAUCUGGUGGAUGCGAGUUCUAUCGCGGUCAUUGCGGCGUUGCAACAUUUUAGGAAGCCAGAUACGAGUACGGAGGGCGAGCAAGUCACGGUUUAUACAGUGAGGGAGAGGGAGCCGGUGCCGUUGAGCUUGUUGCACUUUCCGCUUUGUGUGACGUUUAGCUUCUAUGGGGAGGGGUUGCUGGGGAAGGGAGGAGAGGAGGAGGGGGAGGCGGUACUUGUGGAUGCGAAUUUGAUGGAGGAGCAGUUGAGGGAAGGGAGUGUGACGGUGGGGAUUAAUAGACAUGGAGAGGUAUGUCAGAUUGCGAAGUUGGGAGGGUUGCCGGUUGAUGCUGUGGCGCUUUUAAAUUGUGUGAAGGUGGCCGGAGUGAAGGUUAAAGAAUUAUCGAAGUUUAUUGCUGGACGGCUGGAAGCAGAUGCAAAGAAGAGAGAUAAGGGAGGGCUGAUGGCCGAACUUAGAGCGGAUAAUGAUAGAGUAUCAUGAGUUAUGAGUAAUGUAAAACGAGUCAAAAGUGUUUAAACUGAUGGUAUCCAAAAGUUGUUACGCUUUCACAAGCUGUUUGCUGACAGUGCCAUAUUUCGCUUGCCAGGCAAAAAAGUAAAGCAGCGCCGCCAAAGGCUGACCGAUGAGUGUGAACGAAAUCCAGAAAAUGCAGUUUCCGAUGAUUCGCCCAUUGAUACCCUCCAUUUUCUCUAAAGGCGCCGUGAUGGCUAUUAGUGGGAGCUGAGCAACCAUGCCGAUGAACGCCGCACCAAUUAUGUUGUGUGUCGGUAUGCCUACAAGUAGCUCGUGAAGCACCCCUGAGAAUACGAAAACUGCAAUGCUUGCAGCACCAGAGCUCCAACCCCUACCAAUCAAUGGCGAGAAGACGUGUCUCUUCAUAAAUUGGUAGACUGGCUUGUUCCAGGUUCUCCAAUAUACUCCCACG